GAACAAAGAAAGAUGGGGUUCUUCACAAUGCUCUCGACACCACUCUGCCUCCUUUUCUUCUUCCUGUGUCUUACAACUACCUUCUCAUCCUCUUUACAUGCUUCUUCCUUUUCAACAACACAGCUCUGCUCUCAUGAGGAGGCUUUUGCUUUGCUGCAAUUCAAGACUUCCUUUUUCAUCAAUAACACUACUCCUUAUCCUGGUAGAUGUAAUACUUACCCUACCAAACCUUAUUCUAAGACUGAGUCUUGGAAGGAAGGUAUAGGUUGCUGUUCCUGGGAUGGGGUUAGCUGUGAUAAUGUCACAGGUCAUGUAAUCGCUCUUGAUCUCAGCUGCAGUCUCCUUUUUGGCACCUUUCCUUCCAACAGCACUCUUUUUCUCCUCAAAAACCUGCAGAGCCUCGAUCUUUCCUUCAAUGAUUUUAGGCUUUCCAAGAUUCCGCCAGAAAUCAGUCAGUUUACUAGACUAAAGCAUCUUGAUAUCUCUUCUUCUCAGUUUUCGGGCCAAGUUCCAACAGAAAUUGCUCACCUACGCAAGUUAGUUUCUCUCAAUCUCUCUAACGACCUUGAUUCUAAUUCUCCUGAAUUGAUCCUUGAAACAACUACCUUGAGAAAUCUUGUUCAGAACUUAAGUGAGGUGAGAGAACUUGUGCUUCGUGGAGUGAACAUGACAUCUGCUAAUCCUCGUUUCUUCAUGAAUCUUUCUUCUUCUUUGACUACUCUUGGUCUUUCGGAGAGUGGGUUAAGAGGAAACUUUCCAAACAGUAUUUUCCGCUUUCCCAAUCUCAAGAUUUUUUAUUUAGCUGGAGAGGGAAACCUCACUAUUGAUCUUCCAAGUUCCAAUUGGAGCAGUCCUCUUCAAGAUUUGAUUUUAGAUGUCAUGGAUUGCGGAAGGCGAUUGCCAGAGUCUAUAGGAGAUCUAAAGUCAUUACAGCAUCUACUUGUUGGCUGCAACUUGGGAGGUUCCAUUCCAACAUCACUUGCAAACCUCACACAACUUCGCUUCCUCAGCCUUCGAGAUAAUCACUUUUCUGGUCCCAUUCCAGCUUUAAUAGGGAAAUUAUCCCAACUUACUUCUCUAAGCCUCUCUUCUAACAAUCUUAGCGGACAAAUCCCAUCAUCACUUGCCAACCUCACAGAACUUUGCUUCCUUCUCCUUUCAAAUAAUCAGUUUUCUGGUCCCAUUCCUUUUCAUGCAAGUAGGUUUUCCAAACUAAUCUUUCUAGACUUAUCUUAUAACUUACUCAAUGGCACGUUGCCACCUUGGAUUUUCACCCUACCUUUGUUAAGGUUCUUGCAACUCAAUCAUAAUCAAUUCCAAGGUCAAAUAAAUCAAUUCCAGCAAAAAUCACUCAUAUGGCUAGAUUUGUCAAACAAUAAACUCCAGGGCUCAAUUCCUAACUCAAUGGCUAAUUUAGUAAAUCUUAUGUAUCUUGAUUUAUCAUCAAAUCAUUUUAGUGAUUUGGUAGAAUCUGACAUGUUCUCGGCGCCUCAAAAUCUGGAAACCAUUAGUCUUUCAUACAAUAAUCUGUCCGUGAAAAUGAAUGUCCAUGCCAACUUCACAUUACCCAAACUAACUAAUGUUUUCUUGUCUUCUUGUAACUUGAGUGAAUUCCCCAAUUUCUUAAGACAUUCAGAUGGUCUGCAAAGCCUAGUGCUAUCCAAAAAUAGCAUUCCCGGAAAUAUUCCUGAAUGGAUAUGUGAAAAGGAUGAUCUCGAAAUUCUUGACCUUUCUCAUAACAAUUUAAGCGGGAAGAUUCCAAAUUGUCUUCCUAAGUCUCUCUCAGUGUUGAAUUUGCAGGCCAAUUACUUUGAUGGAAAUAUACCAUUUGUGUUUCCAAAAGGCUGUGGAUUACGAAAUCUCAACUUACAUGGAAAUCAAAUGAACGGGCCAUUACCAAAGUCUUUGGUGAAUUGUGGCAAGUUAGAGGUUCUAGACAUUGGCAACAACAGCAUAGAGGAUACAUUCCCUCAUUGGUUGGAAUCUCUACCAGAUCUUCAAGUGCUUGUCUUAAGGUCCAACAAGUUCCACGGUUCUAUGCAGAGCACCAAAGAAAGUCUGUCUUUUCCCAAGUUACGAGUUCUGGACCUCUCCAACAAUGAUUUUCUUGGUCCUUUGCCUGUUCAGUACAUCGAAAAUUUUAAAGCGAUGAUGGACCUUUAUAGAGAUGAGGGUUCUCCUGAAUACAUGAAUGUCAGUUCUUAUCAAUAUUCACUGGUUGUGACAAUGAAGGGAUUCGAGUAUGAGCUGCAGGGAAUCUUGACUAUAUUCACUAGCAUUCAUCUCUCAUAUAACAAGUUUGAAGGAGAAAUUCCUGAUGUAAUUGGAAAGCUUAGCUCUCUCAAAGGGCUUAAUCUUUCUCAUAACAACCUUAGUGGUCCUAUCUCACCAUCACUAGGGAAUUUGGUGAAUCUUGAAUGGUUGGAUCUCUCUUCCAAUGGGCUGGCAGGAAAAAUUCCAGAUGAAUUGGUAUCGUUGACACAACUUGAAGUAUUGAAUCUUUCAAAUAAUCAUCUUGUGGGACGCAUACCACAAGGCAAUCAGUUCAGCACUUUUGGAAAUGAUUCUUAUGAAGGAAACCUCGGACUGUGUGGAAUCCCAUUAUCAAAGUCUUGUAAUGGGAUUGGGACACCGCCAAGCUCCUUCCAAGAAAAAGUUGAGCUCUGGAGAUUUGGCUGGAGAGUUGUGGUGUUAGGCUAUGGAUGUGGAGUUGUUUUUGGACUGCUGAUGGGAUAUCAUGUCUUCCGAACGGGAAAACCGAAAUGGUUUGUGUCUUUGUUUGAUGGCCAACCAAGUCAAAGGAGAAGGAAGAUGAGGAAAGCCAGAAGACUUGUUCAAAGAAGAAGCUAGAUGCAGAGUUGGUGUUUUAGAUCCUUCUGUUUUAAUGUUUCCUGAAUAAGUGCCCUUUGGGUUUGAAGUUUUUGUUAUGGUUUUCAAUGGUUUGUAUAAAAUUGUCAACCUUCUCUCCCCUUUAUGGUUUGUAAUUUUGUCUUUCUUUAUUGUAAAACAUAUUUGAAGGUUGAACCUGUGAAUCUUUCUUAUGUACUUCCUUAAGCCAGUUGGUAUCAAACUUGUAGCUAAGUGGAGCUUGUCUGAGAUCGUUAAGUGAAGAAAACAAUGAUCUGGGUGGUGAGGUUUUUGGCUUGGAUUUGGAGUCUCUGAAGAUUUUGCGGAAGCGGGGAGUCUUUAUUGGGGCAAUGCUUUGUUGUCUUUUGGUUUUCGCGUGCAAGAGAGUGCUUGUGGUGGAGGGAGUAGGGUACGGAGUGAUUGAGCAGUGGGCAUUGUUGUUGAGAAAUGCGUGGCCUAAGGUUUCUAUUGUUCUUAAGAUUUUCAAAGAGCAAGGUAUGAUUCUGACCAUACUUUUAGGUCUAUCUGAAUUCUUCUCAAUGGCAGAGACUUCUAUAACUACACUGUGGCCAUUGAAGGUUUGCUUUCUUGGUUUGAAGAUUGAUGGUUCUUAUAAUUAAUGAAUCGCAAUUGA